CGAAUUGAAUCGAAUAUAGGACUGAUGUCGGAACCUUUUCACAUGCUAGGUACCUAAGGCCCAAGGGAUAAAAGACGAAAACUGAGCUAUAAAGAACCAAACAACUAAACAAUCAAGCCUGUAACCACCACCAUGAACUACGUGCUGAAAGGUCAGAUCUCAAUCUCUUUGAGAGAUUUGGCUGUUACUAUCAUUCUACUCAUUUGCACCAGUGGAGUUUACGUCUCUGCCAUUACUGCAGACGAACCGGGCAUAAUCAGCCUGGGGUCUAGCGUGAGGAGAGACCAGAAAUGGCUUUCUUCCGACGGAAUGUUUGCAAUGGGUAUAUUCUCUCUGAAAACAGGAGCCAAUUAUCUGGGCAUCUGGUAUGCCAACAUUACAUCCCCAAUGAGAACCAGGAUUAUUUGGGUAGCGAACAGGGACAACCCUGCUUCAAAUUCUGCCUCCCUUGAUUUCCGUUUGGACGGAAACCUAGUGCUCUUGGACCAGGGGAAACAAAUCUGGAGUAGCAACACAAGCAGACUAAACGUAUCCUUUGCACAGCUUGACAAAACGGGAAAUUUCCUUCUAAUUUCCAGACAUAACAGCAGUUCAAACGGAGCAGUGGCCGUAUGGGAAAGCUUUGACACGCCAUGCGAUACUCUGAUACCGGGAAUGAAGAUAGGUUUGGGAUCAAAGCUGACUGCUUGGAAAGAUUCAAACGAUCCGGCCCGGGGCCGCUAUUCAGUUAUAGUUGACAACGAUUAUGUCGUUAGACUCUACUGGAACUCCACUGUGGCUUACUGGACCUCAGGCGAAUUCGACGGUGGCAGCAGCACCUAUUCCAACGUGCCCUCUUUGAAGAGGGUGAACAAGCGCUACAACCAGAUCAAACUGGUAUUGAGCUCUGGAAAGCUUAUGCUCCUUUGGAACUCCACCGAACUCUACGAGCGUAUUGUGGUGAGCCAUAGAGGCUACAUGGAGUUACAGCAAUAUAUUGUGGACGACAACAUAAACAUAUGGCAGCAGCUCUGGUUUGCGCCCGACGAUCCAUGCAAGGUCCAUAAAGCCUGUGGAUCGUACGGUGUUUGUACUCCGCAACAGGACCGAGUGAUGGAAUGCGCCUGUGCAACGGGCUUCCGCGUAUCAGAUUCGAAAUCAUGGGAUGCGGAAGACACCUCCAAGGGAUGCGUCCGUUUGCUUCCACUGAACUGUACUGCCAAUGGCGGCACAAAUGACAAAUUUUUACAGUUGGGUGAUGUUAAAAUAAAUGAUGGCGGCUCCCCUUCGAGCGCCACCGGUGGUAAAUCCGAUGGGUGGUGCUCUCGCAAAUGCAUUUCUGAUUGCUCCUGCGUUGCUUAUUCUUACCAGAGAAACGGAAGCUGUUUCACAUAUUCUGAUGCCUCUUCAUUCGACCUGAGGAACUCUUCUGCUUCUGUAGCGGCGGCCAAGGACAUCCACAUCAGGUUUUCUGCCAGGCAGCGCUUGGCUGCAGUUUCGCCUUCUCUUGCUCCUGCGCCAGGGGUAGCAAUGACCCACUCGCACAAAUCCCACACAAUUGUGAAGAUAGUUCUCCUUUUGGUGCUGCCGCUUCUUGCUCUUGCAUCUGGCUGCCUGUCGUGGAACUGGUGCAGAAAGCGACGCUCCGUAUUAAUGUCGGGCUUGCCCAAUUACGAUCUUAUAGCAGAGACGCCUCACAGGUUCACGUACGAUGAGCUGAGGAUCGUCACAAAGAAUUUCAGCCACAAGGUGGGCAGUGGGGGUUUCGGAGAUGUUUACAAGGGAUUUCUGUCUGACAACAGAACCUUGGCUGUUAAGAGACUCAAGAAAUCGAAGCAGAUAGAGAAAGAAUUUCAAACAGAAGUGCUCAUCAUCGGCGCUAUUCAUCACCAGAACCUGGUUCGCUUACUUGGGUUCUGUGCGGAAGGGAGCCAUAGGUUGCUUGUUUAUGAGUACCUUGAAAAUAGCUCGCUUGACAGAUUUCUUUUCAAGAGCGGAAAAAAGAAAACGUUGAGCUGGGGCAGACGCUUUUCCAUCGCUGUGGGCACUGCGCGUGGACUGGCAUACAUUCACGAGGAGUGCAGAGAUCGAAUUAUGCAUUUCGAUGUAAAACCAGCCAACAUUCUGCUUGACCACGAUUUUGCCGCAAAACUAUCAGAUUUUGGAACUGCUAAACUUGUGGAUCGAGAUAUGAGUCGUGUGAUCACGAGAACCAGAGGUACAAGGGGCUACAUGGCUCCCGAAUGGCUGGCCAAGCUUCCCAUUACAACAAAAGCGGAUGUAUACAGUUAUGGGAUUACUCUUCUGGAGAUUGUAAGUGGCCGAAAAAAUGUGAAUUUGAACACGGCCAGUGAGAAAUGGUUUCUUCCAGUGUGGGCAUCAUCUCAACUGUCGAAGGGAGAACUUGAACAGUUGCCAGACAUAGAAAUAGAAGAAGAGAAGGAGAAAGAAGAGAUGGAAAGAGCGGUGAAAGUGGCAUUGUGGUGCAUACAAGAGGAUCCAGAAGCGCGCCCUUCAAUGGCCACUGUGGUUCAGGUUCUGCAGGGGGACAUAACUCUCCCAGAUCCUCCCAUUCCUUCGGCCUUCACAAAAUCGGGAGGACAAACUUCAUCUUCAGACGUCUGAUCCAUCUCAAGACUGCUCCUAUCGUCCAAGUUGCAAAUACGCUUGCUCUGGUGGUUUACCGUGCUUGAUAUGUUCAUACGGUGGUAGUCGUUUCAGUCCCUGCUUUCUGCUCUCUACUUUUAAUGAUUUCGAGUUUUAGUGAUGUUAACUGUAUUAGGGCAGCCUGUAAUAAAUGGAAGCGGCUAAUCUCCAUAAAAAAAUGUUUUGGUGAGGAAUUCAUAUAUCAAUCUUUAUAAUCUGGCUGUAUUAAAAUUUAAAAAAUCACAAGAAAAACAGUUGUGUUAUGGGAUUUAAAUUUU